CGAGGCGCUGUGCUCUGCGCGCUGCAGGUGGAGGAGGCCGGGCACGUCUUCCUCCUGAUGAAGAAGGACUACCGCAUCUCCCGCAACGUGCGGCUCGCCUGGGUCCUCAGCCGGCUCCACCAGGUCAUCUGGGCCGUGCCCGAGCCCGAGCUGUUGAAGUCAGAAAAUGAGCUGGAUGUGCUCAGCAUCCUGCCCAAUGGAUGGCAGCCGGAUGAGCCUGUCCAGCCCCGGCCCUACCUCCUGGUGCCCUCCACACGUGUCACCUUCCUGGCCCGCCAGUACCGCUUUGUGAUCGAGCUUGAUCUGAGCCCUUCCACUGGCAUUGUGGAUGACUCAACAGGGGAGAUCAUUUUUGAUGAAGUGUUUCAUGCCCUUUCCCGAUGCUUAGUGGGAUUGUUAAGACCCUUCCGAAUCCCUGGUUCAGACAUUAUUUAUCAGCCUGAGAUCUUUGUCACCAUCCAGGCGUACUCCUCCAUCAUUGGCCUGCAAUCCCAUCAGGUACUAUUCCAGGGCUGUCAGCUGGAUGAGACAAAGAGAGAAGCCUUUCUGCACCAAGUUUACACGCAACUGUGUGCCUUUGAAAACAAAGUGGCAGAGAUGCUCCAGCAACAGUAUGAACCCAAACCACAGGUGGAUUUAUCGCCCCUGAGCCAAGAGAGCCCUGGUGAUGUGCAGGAGCCUUCUGGGAGGAAGCCCAGCGUGUCUGUUGUCACUGCUGAUGUUGGCCUUGUCAGCAUGGUUCGACAGGGGAUCUUGGCACUGCAGCUACUACCCUCAAACUCCAGUGCAGGUAUAAUAAUAAUUACGGAUGGUGUGACUAGUGUUCCUGAUGUAGCUGUGUGUGAGACUUUACUCAACCAACUCCGCAGUGGCACUGUGGCCUGCUCCUUUGUCCAGGUGGGCGGUGUCUACUCAUACGAUUGCAGCUUUGGCCACGUUCCCAAUGUGGAACUGAUGAAAUUCAUUGCCAUGGCCACUUUUGGUGCUUACCUCUCCACAUGCCCUGAGCUGGAUCCCCUGAGCCUGGAUCUGAAUGUGUAUCACAAGGCUUUUCUGCUGUACUCCUUUCUUCGUACUGGGGAGUCCCUGAAUCCAGAAUACUACUGUGUAUCACAGCACAGACUGUUCAAUGAGCACCUGGUGUCUGCAAGCAGCAACCCUGCUCUAGCGAUGAGGAGGAAGAAGCACACUGAGAAGGAGGUGCAUGCUGACCUCGUGAGCAUUGUCUCGGUCCGCCUGCGUGAGGGCUACAGCAUCCGUGAGGUCAACAUCACAAAAGGUGGAUCUCAGCUGGAGGUGAAACUGGUGCUGCUUUGGAAGCAUAACAUGAGGAUAGAGUAUUUAGCUGUGACACCUUGGCCCCUGGACCCAUCAAAGCGCAGCACGUGGGUGGAGGUGACGAUGGAGGGGAGCUAUGACAUCUUGCAUGACAUCAGUUGCACCAUGAGGAAACCUAUCACCAGUCUGUACCGCACAACAGUUAUCCGGCGCUUCUGGAACACCUUGCAAAGCAUCAACCAGACAGAUCAGAUGUUGGUUCAUCUGCAGUCUUUUGACACAGUACCGGAGCACUUCACCAUUCCUGAGAGCACCAAGAAUGGAGUGCCCCUCUUCUAUAUCCCCCCAGGCUCAACCACUCCGGUGCUAUCCCUGCAGCACAGUGGAUCUGACUCGAGCCAUUCCCAGUUUGCCUCUUACUGGAAGCCUAUCCUUUCUAUGGAUGCCAACUUCUGGCAGAGGUGGCUGCACAUGCAUCGUAUUGUUCUCCUUCUGGAGCAUGACACGCCUGUGCCCAAGCACCUGCAUACACCAGGCAACAACGGUCGCUACAGCACCAUCCAGUGCCGCAUCUCUCAUUCUGCUCUUACCUCCCUGCUGCGGGACUGGAGCAGCUUUGUGCUGGUAGAGGGCUACUCUUACGUCAAGCUAAUGCAUAGCUCUGAGGAUCCUACUCCCUCCUCAUUUUAUGUGGUGCGGAUCAUCUCCAAAGCUCCAUGCAUGGUUCUCCGCCUGGGCUUCCCCAUUGGCACACCUGCACAGGCCAGGAACAAGAUUGUGGAGGAGUUACGGGACCGAAUCCUGCAGUUGCGCUUUCCUCACAGGGUCCAGAGCAAGGAGGCAACUCCAAAAGCAAAGAGGAAAAUGUUGGGCAGUAGUUCUCCCUCCAAGUCUCCACCUGUGGCUGGGGUCCAGUCAGCCCUCUCAGACAGACCCUGCCUUGUCGUGCUGCACAAACCCUUGGAGAAGCUGCUCAUCAGGUAUGAAAAGCUGCCUUCUGACUAUCGAGCUCCCUUCAUUCUCAACCUGGAACAUCCUCCAGUGUCUGGCCCGCUCACCAUGGUGGCCAAUCGUACUGCCUCAUCCACCCUGGCCUCGCUGUCCCGCUACUUCUAUCACCAACGUUGGAUAUGGAGCGUCCAGUCAGGGCUGGCACCAGCUGUGCCCAUCACAGCAGUAGCCCAGCUCCUUUCCACACUCACAGAGGUCCGUCUGUCAGAGGGUUUCCACUUUGCAUCCAGUGGGGAUGGAAUUAUCAAUAUGGUGCUGGAGUUGCCCAUACAGAUUGAUGGCUCAAGUGGCAGCAGCAGCAGGGAGAAGCACACCUGUGUUGUCCAGUACAUCCUCUUCCCCCCACACUCUACCUCUACCAAGGACAGCUUCUCCACAGAUGAUGACAAUGAUACAGAGGUGGAGGCCAUUGAGGUGGACACAGAACUGAAUGUGGUCACUGAAUGCUGGGUAGAGCCACAGAGCGGCCAUGUUCAUAGUACUGCUGAGAACUGGAAGCACCUCCAUGGUUUGCCCUACCAGAAAAUACCUAAAGCGCUCUACCCACGGGACCUUACAUGCAUUGCCACCAUGCUGACAUUUGAAUACAUCAGCCAACUGUGCCAGAACAAGGAGUGGGUCUGUCCUCCUUCAGACACCAAAGCUACUGAAGAUCCAGACAUGGGAGCUGGUUUCAGAGUGCAUGAGAUCCCAUUCCAGUUCAACCUCAUGAAGCUGUUGCCCAGGUGUCAGCAGGUUGAAAUGUUCUUCCUAAUGCUGACAAAAGAGAAUGAGGAGGUGACCAAGGACUCUUCGUUUGUGCCCAAUGAAAUGCUACUAAACCUCUUCCAUGGCUGCCUGCAGCAUGACCUCAGUGAUCGAGAGAUCCCCAUGGCUGAUGCUGAUCAUGUGGCCUUCAUGGAGCAGGUUCUCCAACGGGAUCGUGAUGGUCAUCAACCACCCUUCACUCUCCCUGUGAUCCGAGAAGAAACCUCAAAAGCUUCUGGAACCCUGGAGCAGCAGGACACUUCUGCAUCCUAUCAUCAUGCUGGCAGCAAUGGCACCAGGGAUAUGACUGGCUCCACAAGUACUCUGCAGAGCCUCGGCAACACAGAGCUUCCUGAAGAUGAUGUGACCUUGAGUGACAAUACAGGGCCUUUUUCCCCACAGUGGCGAUGCUAUGCAAAGCUGGUCAAUCCACAGCAUGUAUUCCUGACCUUCCUGCCAGCCACAUUCUCAGAUGUACAGAAGCUGAUGUCUUGCGGAUUGGACAAACCUCCAAAAGAUGAGAGUCAGUCUGGAGAGAGUACUCUGAGACCUGUCUGUGCAGAGCAGGACAGGGCUGAGGCUGAAGAAGGGGAUGCUGCAGUGCCAUUACCUACCCUCAGCGUAACACCAGUGCAUGAAGUGAGCCGUGACGCUGGAGAACAGAGCGGUCCCUCGCGGAGAGAUGUACAUAUCUCCUUCUGCCGCCAGAACUCACAGUCUGAGCUAGGCGAGUGUCGCCGAUUUCGCUGCCCCAUGUAUAUUUACAGCUGCUCUUUGGAGCUGCUACGAGAGCAGCUUGUCAGCCCACGGACACAUCGUCCUCCCCGGGAUGUCUUUUUCAGGUCUCAGUCUCUGGAGCGUCCUCCUGCUGCUGCUUGGUUAGAUCAUAAGCAUAAAGAGUUGGUGAGUUACUGCACACUGCUGCAGGAGCAUUCCCACCAGUGCUAUGUGAAAGGGUUGUUCAAGAGCCUUCAGCAGUCACACAGCAUCAGCUCUCAAGACCUUCUUACAGCCAUGGACUACUGUGAGGAGCUGCUACAAGAGAUAGAUAUCACCAACUUCCUGCUGACAGUGUGCAGCCAUGUCCGCUCCUUCCGAGAGAGCCACCAACAUUUCCAUACGCACCCUAAGGCUGCCAGCUUCCAAGUGGGCAGCAUAGAGCAAGAAGAGGAGCAGAGCUCUAGAGAACGUGGUGUCUUGGUCUCUGAAUCAAGUGCGGAAAUGGAAGACUACAGUGAGCAGGACUCUCACAAUGUUGCUAGCCCCACAGAAGAGCCAAAAAGCAGUGUGGGCACUAGUUGCUGUUCAGAGUUUCCCCUUUCACUGCUGGAAAAUGGACAACCCUGCCAGGCACACCCUGACCUGCAUAAAAUCAUCCAGGAAAAGUUCCUGGAAAUUGGAAGUUUACAUUUCAAGCCAGUGCCAUCAAAUCCUCACUAUUUCUUCUACUGCCCACCAUCAGCCAAGAAAGAGGAAGAGUCAUCUCGGGAUCAGACAGACAGGAAAGGCAGUGAGGACAUGGAGGUAUCAGAAGCAGAACUGGCAGCUGAAGAAGGAACUGUGUCUGGGUGCUGCAUUGCCACAGAGAGUGACCCAGAGCUGGAGGUGGAAUACCGCGAGAAGCUGGAGCACGAGUUCCCAGACACAGAUUCCCUCUCAGAUUCCAACACAGUGAACCAGGAUGAUGACUCCUUCAGCGUGCUGGGAGGGGACUCACUAAAUGAGCAAGAGUUCAUGGAGCAGGAGAUGCCCCCACUCUUUGUGCACCUCACUUGUUCUGUGAAGCUGCGUAGCCAGCAUAGCUCCAUGCCUGUGCAGUCCCUUCCAACUUGUCUAGGGGAAGUUCUUGGCUGUCUGGAAAGCUGCCAGGGCUUGACCACCAUUGACCUGGGGGACCUCUGUGUGACUCUGGAUAUCUUUGUGCUUACCCUGCCCCUCGAGAUAGAAGUGGUGAAUGCAGAUAUUCUCCACAACAGAUGCACCUCAGAGAGCAGCGUGUCCUUCACCCGCUCUCCGGGGCAGCCAUCCUCUUUUCGGUCAGAUGAGGAUAUCAUGCACAACUUGGAACGGCUUCCGUCCACAGGAGAUGAGAGGCAUCCUGCGCUUUCCAACCUCCCUGGAGUGCACAGGCAGGCUAUUGAAGCUACUAUGAAUGAGAUUCGCUGGCUUCUGGAUGAUGAGAUCGUGUCUGCGCUGCGCCACUCACAGGUCAUCAGCACCUCCAUCCUUCACCGGGUGGCCACUCACAUCUACAACUCCAAGGGGCGGCCCAGCUGCCACAGCGAGGUGGUGCUGCUCCAGUUUGUGUUUGGACCUGAGCACUCUCUGGAGAAGUUCAAAGAGGAGUUCAGAAGAAUGGCCCUGCCAGGCUACGUGAUCAAUGCAGAAGGCAAUGACUACCACUACAUCUCCAUCAGCCGCCUGCACUCCAAGCGAGCAGCCCCAAACCCUUCGGGGACACCAUGCUUACAGCAGCAAGUCGGAGGAAGCACAGGGACAGCCCUGGGCCAGGCAGGCCGGGAGGGGAGCAGUGAAGCAGAGGCAGAGAGCUCUGACCUGCACCAUGUGAGCUGUGUCCUUCCAGAAGAAUCUCAGGGUCUCUGGGGAUGGCCAGAGAGUGACAUGCGCAUUGUGCCAGACACGGGAAACCCCAUAGGAGGGGGCAGUCAUGCUCAGGAUGAGGUCACAGGAGAAGUGCUGAGUCUUGAGCAAAGCAAAGUACCUGGCCGUGACUCCCUGGAGGAGGCAGUCCUAGAGACAACCAUACAAUCCCUGCCAUCUUCCUCUUCUGAAAAGGGCAACAGUGAAAAAUCACCAUUAGUGACACCAUCUGCAGCCAGCCUAGCUGACUCUGUAACACAGAGUAGGGAAGGCUCCAGCAAGCAGCGCCCCAGCCGUGUGCAGAGCCUUGUGUCCAGCCAGGGCAGCAUGGACUCUGACCACCUGGGUUAUGAUGGGGGGAGCAGUGAUUCAGAGUAUGAUGAGGCAUUAAUGAGUGACCAAGAACCUAAGUGUCCCCUCAUGCCUGAUUUCUGGCUCAUCAUAAAAAUUGAGCAGGACCGAGUGGAAGUCUAUUACCACACACGCCUGAGUGUGGAGAAGGCAGCAUCAGCAGAGAUAGAAGAGCAGCCAGGGGAGUGCCAGAGUCUCAACCAGAUGGUGGUAAAGAAGAUCAGUGAAAUCUGCAGGGUUGUCAAUCAGCGCUUACUGCUGCAAGACCUGCAUGACAGCCACAUAUGCAACUCAUUGCUGGUGGCAGAGAGUGAGGAGGACAUCUGGAAGAGUGAAACUCCCUAUACGUACUAUAGGCAGCGUGUCAUGCCAACAGACGAUUAUUCGGUAGAAGAGAACUACCAGCCCCGGGACUACCUGGCUGCCACAAUGCAGUUCAUGCCAGGGCACUUUGCUUGUGAUGUAGUGUGGAGCACACUCAUCCACGUGCAUUCACGCCUGAAGAUGGGCCCCAACAUGGGGGUCUCACGAGCUAUCCAGGCACUUCGCUCAGUGCUCAAUGCCUUCUCUGUGGUGAACAGGAAGAAUAUGUUUGUCUACCAGGAACGUGCUACUAAAUCUGUUUUCUACCUCCGACUGGCUGAAACCACCAACAGUGGGAAGAUGUGGGAAACAGAGAACAGUAUUAGCCCAGGAUCUCGCUCGUUGGCACUGACACGCAGCCAGGAACCCAUUUACACUGAGGAUCUAACGGGCUCUCGUUCUUCUCUGGACACAGCCUCAUGCCGCAGCAUGGACUCUGCCCGCCCGGUGGGACAAGUAGACAGGCACAUCCAGCUGAUGGUCCAUGGCGUUGCCCCAGCAGGGCCUGAGAUCACAGAUGAGCUGGUGAAAGUGCUGCGCAGGCGCCUGGAUGAGGCCACCCUGGAUAUCAUCACUGUGAUGCUGGUCCGGAACUGCAAACUGACCCCAGCCGAUGUGGAGUUUAUCCAGCCCCCUGGGACACCCCCCACAGAGGUCCUGCAGUUUACACUGCCACCCUCUGCUCUGCCUUGGCUGCAUGCAGUGGCCUACUAUCUGCGCCAGAACCUGCUCAUCUUCCUGCAUACCCCAAAGUACACAGACAGCAACGUGGAGCACCACUUCAAGCACUACUUCAGCCACAGUGGUGGUGUCCCUGACCAAGAUCUUUACCUGUACAACAAACCUGGAGGCCAAGGCACUGGUGGCAAAGCAUCCCGGGUGACAGCAACGCGGGCGCACGCGGCUGCUGCUGGCGCUUCCUGGCCCACGGGCAGCCUGCCGCACAGCAGGCACAUGGCAGCCCAAUCCCGAGCUUUGGGGCACCCCUACAGAACGGCCUAA